AUGGCACCUUGUGAGUAUGUUGAUGUUCCAAUUGGAUUUAAGUUUCAUCCAAGCGAUGAUGAGUUAUUGAGGUAUUAUCUUCUUAACAAGGUUUGUGGCACACCAUUUGUGUAUAGCAACGUUGUGCCAGAAUUCAAUCUUUAUGGUAAGAAAGAGCCAUGGGAUAUAUGGAAUGAUUUCGGUGGACAAAAAUUAGAAAAGGGUGAAGACCUCUACUUCUUCACCAAAUUGAAGUUAGUGACCGGCAAGGGUUCCCGCGUGGCUCGAACAAUAGGAAAUGGAACCUGGAAAGGUGAGGACAGAGGGACCAUGGUCGGUGAUCCUGCGAAAAAGAAUAUGCCUUUAGGUCUGUGUAAAAGGUUCCGUUAUGAGAAUGAUAAAUCUGAUCAACAUGGCUGCUGGAUUAUGCACGAGUACAGCCUGCACCCUUCAUUGGUGAAGCCCCAUUCAAAUUCAAAUACUUGUGGUGGUGAUGGUAAAUACGUGCUCUGUCGAAUUCGAAAGAAUGACAGAAAGAGGAAGUUAUCAGAGAAUGAUGGUGUCGGUGGUCAUGCGCUAGUACUACAUUCCCCUACCAAGAUUCUAAGGCAACUAGAGAACAGUGAAGAAGUCGUAUUAGGUGCUAAUUUUACUCCAAUUUCUGAGGCUUCUGAGGUUAAUUAUCAUUAUAAUCAGCAGCCGGAGCAGACUAGCAGUGCGUACUUGCCAAUGAAUCAGCCACAAGACUAUGGCUCUGAGCUAAUUAGUGACACUGAUCAUCAACCAGCACAAGGUUUUAAUUAUGACCUCAGCCAAUCUCUAGAUGAUGAUGAUGUUGAUGCAUUGAUGAAGGAUCUCUCAAAUUUGGAUAACAUCCAACCACUUGCAGCACAACCAUUGGGAGGAGGAUCGCGUCCAUAUCCAUCCAUAAUCCAGGAGUCUGCAGUUGAUGAAGACUCGGGCAAUUUUAAUAGUGGAUUUGGGAUAUCAUCAGAAGAUCAAACAGGUGGUGAACUUGGUACUGAAAAUGUUCAACUCAAUGUGUUAGGCUUUCCAGUUCACGAUAAUGAGAUGCUCAAUUUCCUGAAGAUGUAG